GCAAAUUAAGUGUAUAAAACCAAUAGACCCAUGGUGAGGUUGGAGGGACAAGUGUCACAUUUACAGAUCAUAGUAUUUUACUCACAGUCCACCAUGGAAGCUGCUAUCACCACACUAGUGUCCCACUUCAAGACUUCUGCCGGGAAGGAUGGAUCAGCCUGUACUCUGAGCAAAGACGAGCUUCAAAACUUGGUUAGCACCCAACUCCCAAACUUUGUCAAGCUAAGCUCUGAACCUGGGGCUAUAGACCAGCUCAUGAGGUCCCUGGAUCAAGACAACAACGGGGAACUGACCUUUACUGAGUUUUGGCAAUUUAUUGGAAAGUUAGCCUGCAAGGAAGGAGGUUUCAACUAGACUGUUUCCUUUUUACUAGGUUAUCCAUUGAUGAUUUUAUGGAAAUUUGGAAUAAAGCCAAUAUUGUCCCUCA